CACUGUGCCUGCGUACUCCAAGCGUGCAUCACCACACUCACCCAGCAUCAUGAAGGUCCUGUUUGCCGUCGCCGUGCUCGCCGUGGUGCUGCCGGCCACCCUGUCCGCCCCCAGCGGCCUCCUCGGCCUGGGCGGCGUGGUCGUGGCCGGCCCCACCACCAUCAGCCGCACCAGCCUGGUGCAGACCCACCCGUCGCCCGCCGUGGUGGUGGCCGCCCCCGCCCUGCACGGCGGCAUCGUUUCCGCCGCCCCCUGGGGCAACGCGGUGGUCGCCGGCCCCGCCGGCACCAUCGUCGGCGGCCACGGCCUCGGCGGAGUGGUGGCCGUCAACGAACUGGGCCUCGGCCACGGCGGCAUCUGGUAGUCAGGACGACAUGGUGGUUGUGAUGCUCGAUUGGCGCAAAUAAAAUGGCAUGGAAAAAGUUGCA